AUGAUUGGAUCGCUACUACAGGCUCUUUUCGUCUGCGGCACGGCAUUCGUGCUGUGGAAGUAUUUCCGCCAGCACGUCAUCAAGACCGACCUUGACAAGCUUAACGGCCCGCCUCCCGAGUCGUUCCUCCUCGGAAACUUGAGGCAACUCAGAGCCAAGCAAGAGUGGGACUUCCACCUCGACAUCGGGAAGAAGUAUGGUCGAGUCGCUCGCCUACAUGGCUUUCUUGGUUCUAAUCUUCUCUACGUGCACGACCCGAAGGCCAUGCACCACAUCGCUGUCAAAGAGCCGUAUAUCUUUGAAGAGACCGAGUGGUUCCUCAGUGCGACGAAGCGUCAAUUCGGAAUGGGCUUGUUUUCCUCCGUCGGCGACCACCACCGUAAGCAGCGGAAGAUGCUCAAUCCCGUCUUCUCAGUCGCCCAUCUCCGGGAAAUGAUGCCGAAUUUCUACAAGGUCGUCCAUAGUCUCAGGGAGGCCAUCGAGAUGCGUACGAAGGACGGCUCCGCCGAAGUCGACAUGGUGAUGUGGAUGGGCCGAACUGCACUCGAACUCGUGGGGCAGGCCGGGCUCGGCUACUCCUUCGACCCGCUAACAGAGGACAAGGCCGACCCCCUCGGAGAGGCGGUCAAGAACCUUGUGCCCGCCGCCGCAGGCUUAGGCGCGCUCGCAACAUUGCUCCCGCUCGUCGAGAAGAUUGUCCCAGAGCCGCUUAUGGUCCCGCUCGGGAAGCUGGUCCCGAUCCCGGCAUUGCACCGGAUGAUGCGAGACACGCGCACGAUCAAGGACAAGUCACUCGAGAUCUUCGAGGCGAAGAAGGCCGCCCUCGCAAAGGGUGAUGAGGAGAUGAAGCUCCAGAUCGGCGAGGGUCACGACAUCAUGAGCGUCCUUCUCAAGGCGAACAUGGCCUCCGCGGAGGCGGACAGGCUCCCUGACGAUGAACUCGUCGCGCAGAUAGGCGUGCUUGUCUUCGCUGCUAUGGACACGACCUCGAACGCUCUGUCGCUCACACUCUGGCGCCUCGCGCAGAACAAAGACGUCCAGGCGCGAGUCCGGCAGGAGAUCCUCGACGCACAGAACGGAAGCGACAUCGGUUACGACGAUCUCAUCUCUCUACCCCUCCUCGACGCGGUAUGCCGCGAGACCCUCCGUCUCCACCCGCCCGCCCCUCUGCGAUUCCGAGAAGCCCGCAAGGACGCGAUGUUACCUCUCUCAAAACCUGUUCGCACCGUUGACGGCAAGGAGAUCCACGAGAUCCUUGUCCCCAAGGGCACGAACGUGUACGUUUGCAUCGGCGCGUCGAACACGGACAAGGACUUGUGGGGCCCGGACGCGGAGGAGUGGAAGCCGCAGAGGUGGCUCGCGCCGCUCCCAGGCGAGGUAACCGAUGCGCGCAUCCCGGGUGUGUACGCGAACUCUUUCGUUCUCAGACGUAGGCUCCGGGUGAUGACGUUCUGGGCAGGCGCUCGCGCGUGCAUCGGCUUCAAGUUCUCUCAACUCGAAAUGAAGGUCGUCCUCGCUGUGCUCCUGUCGACGUUCGAGUUCGACCUGUCCGACAAGCAGGUGUACUGGAACGUCGCGCCCGUCGUGUACCCGUCGGUCCUCCCCUCUGGCCUAGACCCGGCGAUGCCGAUGAAAGUGACGCUGCUUAAGAAGUAG